GUUCACCAGAGCUUCACGACACUCUGUCCGCACCCCUUGGAUCCAGAGGUGUCUGAUAUACUACAUAUCGUUUCUUUUUCUUUAACACUGAUGGAAUUCAAUUGACGUUUUUCUUUCUGCAUCUUUCGAAAUGCCCCCUCCAACGCCCUCGUCCCAUCGCCCGCGGAGAAAGAGAAAGUACGCCGCAUCCCCCGGCUCAAACAAUAACCUCAUACUGGAUACUGGAAACGGCAAAUCGUCGCCUGCAUUUCCAUUGGUUUCUUUCUUAUGGGCUGCUCGAGCAGGCGUCUCUCAAUGGCUCAUUCUGCCUUUAAUUCUGAUGACCGUGGGCCUGUUUCGUUGGGCUGUUGGUCUAUGGGGAUAUUCUGGUUUCCAAGUACCCCCGAUGCAUGGUGAUUAUGAGGCGCAAAGACACUGGAUGGAAAUCACGAAUCACCUGCCCAUGUCGAAGUGGUAUACAUACGACUUGCAAUACUGGGGCCUCGACUAUCCGCCAUUGACCGCAUAUCAUAGUUGGUUUUUGGGCAAGAUUGGUUCCUUGUUUGACCCUGCAUGGUUUGCCUUGGACGCAUCCCGCGGUAUCGAAGACCCUCAUUUGAAGGUGUUCAUGCGUGCGACAGUUGUCGUCUCCGAGUAUCUUAUCUACAUUCCUGCGGUUGUCACUUUCCUUCGCCGAUACACCAGGAUGCAAGAUGUCCACGUGUGGUCUUGCUCGAUCGCCCUCGUUGCGGUUCUCAUGCAGCCCGCCACCCUUCUCAUCGACCACGGUCACUUCCAAUAUAAUACUGUGAUGCUGGGUCUCGUGGUUGCGAGCUUGGAUGCUAUCCUGGCCGGACGCAUUCUUUGGGCAUGUAUCUUCUUUGUGGCUGCCCUAGGAUUCAAACAGAUGGCGCUCUACUAUGCACCAGUCAUGUUUGCUUUCCUUCUGGGUGUCUGCAUUUUCCCCAGAGUGCGGAUCCUGCGUCUCUUAUGCAUCUCCCUCAUCACGAUUGUUGCAUUUGCGGUGCUUUUUGCACCCCUCAUCAUUGGUGCAUCCAGCGCUGAAGCUCGAAGCAUUCUUGCCUCUGUUGAUGAGCCUCCUCUAUUGCAAGCACUCCCCAUGAAAAUAGACAAGAGCUCUCUAUUUUAUGCACCAUUGUUUCAGCUAAUGCAGAUCAUUCAUCGAGUGUUUCCCUUCGCUCGUGGCCUGUUCGAAGACAAGGUGGCCAAUGCCUGGUGCGCUAUUCACACGUUCUACAAGCUCCAUCGCUUCGACUCGAGCCUUCUCCAGCGGGUAUCACUCGGCGCCACCUUGGCCUCAAUUUUGUUGCCCUGUGCCAUCAUCUUCCGCCAUCCACGCGCAUCUCUUCUUCUUCCAGCUUUGUCCACUACAGCUUGGGGUUUCUUCCUAUUCUCGUUCCAGGUUCAUGAGAAAAGUGUCUUGCUUCCCUUGCUCCCCAUGACUCUGCUUCUCGCGGGCGAUGGCGGACUGAGCAAAGAGACUAGGGCCUGGGUAGGAUGGGUUAAUUUGCUCGGAUCGUGGACAAUGUUCCCUCUUUUGAAGCGCGAGGAGCUCCGAGUUCCGUACUUCGUCGUGACAUUACUCUGGGCAUAUUUGAUGGGUCUCCCCCCAACGUCUUUCGAGACCUACCGGAGCCGAGUCGAGUCGGAGGAAUCGAGUGCAGGAUUUGAGCCUCAUAUCUUGACGAAGCUUCUCCAUUUUGCCUUCUACAUUGUCAUGAUAGGAUGGCACGUUGUGGAAGCCUUUGUUCCUCCCCCUGCUGGAAAGCCCGACCUGUGGGUGGUUUUGAAUGUGCUAGUUGGAGCAGGAGGGUUUGGUGUUGCUUAUUUGUGGUGCUUGUGGAGGUUGAUCACGCAAUGCCGAAAAAUCGAUUGCCGGGCGGCUGAAGAGGAUAGCCGGAAAAGGAAACAGUGAUGGUGCAUCGAAGAGCAUCUGGGGCGCAAAUUAAAUAGGCCAUUGGCUAUUUCUUGAACUGAUACCCAUCUUUCAUUCUAGUAUCUACUUUAUUUCGUGAACAUCAUUUCAAUGCCAUUCAUAUAAUUGGUUUCAUGCCGUAUCCCUCGUUUUUGGAAGGGAUGAGAGGUUCUUGCUAUUAGUACACCUGUCUAUACCUAAGUCCUCCAGACACGUUCAUGAUUUACAUUAAGACCAGUAACUCCAACAGAUGGAUGCUAAUAUACAGUAUAACAGUGGUGCCCAUGCCCUAACACCCGUCGGAUAUUACAAAUGUAUCGACCAUCGACGUCAAUAUCGGUUAUAUUGACAAGUUAUUCAAACCUUGAAGCCAAACCCGGCCAUGCAGGUCUUGUAUUGCUCGAUCGUCGACUUGCACUCAACUGUCGGGUCAUCGGAUUUCGAAAAGAGCAUACAGUCAUCGCGGG